AUGAUGACCAAGGUCCGCAAGCACCCUUCCACAUCGUCCCCACCCCUACAUCCCAAGCCUCCCUUUCUCCCCUCAAUCUCAGCCCUACUGACCCUCGACCCCCAGACCCUCGCCCUCGUCGCCACCACCCUCGCCGUGGCCGUCACUGCCAACCCCACCGUGGGCUACGCGGGUUACUUCUACGAGAACUGCACCACCCCCAGCAUCGACGCGGGCAACGCCUACGCGGGCUCGUGCCUGAACGUCGAGAACUUCCCCAUCAAGUCGUUCACCGCGUACGUCGAGUCCGGCAGCUGCGCCGACGGCACCUCGGCCGUGCUGCACACCUACACGGCCUCGGGCUGCGACGAGUCCACCCUGUUCGAGACCGUCAGCGUCGACACCGAGAAGCAGUGCUUCGAGGCGGAUGUGACCCUGGUCAGCAUCAAGUCGGAGUGUGUUUAG